AUGCCUUCCAACAGAGCUGCGUGGCUUACCGCCAAGAAGCAAAAACCCCUCGAAGUCAGACCUGCUCCGUACACCCCUCCAGGAGACGACGAGAUCGUCAUCAAGAACCGCACCGUCGCCAUCAAUCCGGUCGACUGCUUCAAACAGGAAGCCGGUGACAUUCUUUACGGCUGGGUCAAGUACCCUUGCGUUCUGGGAAACGACGUUGCCGGUGAAGUUGUUGAAGUCGGCCCAGGGGCCGCCGCCAAACGCUUCAAGAUCGGCGACCGUGUUCUUGGCCACGCCGUUGGCCUCGACAAACGAUGCAACAAGGCCUCUGAAGGUGGCUUCCAGGAAUUUGUCGUCUUGAGGUCCAAGCUCACUACUCCGAUUCCCGACUCUAUGAGCUUUGAAGAGGCUUGCGUCAUUCCCCUCGGAGCAUCGACUGCCGCCUGCGGGUUGUUCAUGAAAGACUUUCUGGGAUUGCAACAUCCACAUGUCGACUCCAAGCCCAACGGUGAAAUACUUUUGGUCUGGGGCGGCUCUACUAGCGUCGGUUGCAACGCCAUUCAACUUGCCAUCGGGGCUGGCUAUGAAGUUAUCACAACAGCUUCGCCCAAGAACUUCGACUACCUCAAGUCGCUCGGCGCGAAGGAGGCUUUUGACUACCGGAGCCCAACUGUCGUACAGGACAUCAUCGCCACUUUUCGGAAUCGGAUCUCGGCAGGAGCCAUAGCCAUUGGCGCAGGAUCAAUGAUUCCCUGUGUUGAGGUUGUGGCGGCUUCCAAGGGACGGAAGUUUGUCGCGCAAGCCAGUGUUGCCGGGUCAGGAAAGCCACCUGCAAACGCGAGUGAGUUGCUGUCGACUAUCUGGUCGGUAACUUGUGAGUCGCUUGUGGUCUUUGUGAAGAGUAAGUGGCACGGAGUGGCGAACAAGUUCAUUUGGGGCAGCGAUGUCAUGGCAAACGAGGUGGGAGAAGCUGUUUACCGUGAUUUCCUACCAGAGGCGUUGGAAAACGGGAAGUAUAUUGCUGCACCGAAGCCGCAAGUUAUUGGCACUGGGCUGGAGUUGGUUCAAGAGGGGUUCGACCGCCUCAUGCGAGGAGUCUCUGCGGCGAAGAUUGUUAUAACUUUGUAG